AUGAAUGAAUCUAGAGGAGCAGAGAGCCCUCCCAAUUUGGUCGUGAAGUUUGUAUCGGCCAAUGGGGUAUGGCGGACUCGCGUACCAGCUGCUGUGGCGUCCUUCUCGCGCGUCACACAGUUCGCCAGAGAUUGCGCGGCUUCCAUCAGUCCGGUGGGUCAGCCUUCUCCCGAGCCCAGGAUCCGUUAUUUGGAUGAUGAAGGCGACUGGUGUGAGCUCACCGAGGACACCUGGCCGGAUGCCUUGCAGCUCGCUGAGGAUACGAAGGGCGUCUUGAGAGUGGAGUUGACCGCUAAACCCGAGAUACUUCGCAGUAGUUCGACUUCAACAACCACUGCUUCCGCAGCCCCGCCUCUUUGGUCUCCGCCUGGUGCGAUUCCCAUAGCUAUACCACUGAAGGGUGGUGCUAAGGAGGCUAGGCCCUCGGUUGCUGCUACUGCUAGCCCUAAUGAGCUCUCACCGUCUCGUCCGAGCCUAUCGCCCAUCGUAUCCACGAACAACCUAGAGCAGCGUUCGGCUGCCUCUGUCGUCAGUGAGGCCAGCCGUCGAGGCUGUAACGACCCAUACCCGAUAUGGGCACCUCCUGGCCUUCAACUUCCCCGUCCGUCUCCCUCGCCCCCAGUCGCUACCCCAUCAUCAUCGCCAGCAGCGGAGUCGUUCGGAAGUCAGAGACUAAUACCAGGAGUUUCGGAGAUCCCAGCAGUGCCGUCAGCCGCCCGGGCGGACGUGGGGCCACCACCGGGUUUUCCACAAGAACAACAACAAAGGAAGUCCUAUGCGCCGAAGCCAAUUCUCAAGAUGUACUUUGCUCUAAACGAGCAAGGCAGGCUCACUCCGAGGAUCGUGACAUCGGUGAUGGCUAAUUUCAUACCGUUGGUGGUACAGAGGAUCAGCCGUCAUACAGAUUGUGUUACUUUUGGGAUCUAUCAUAAGUUCUACCGCAUUUUACCAACUCUCAAGGCUGUACUUGAGGCGAUAGGAGAGGUGCCAUCACUGCAGCGGUUUGCGCCGCAGUUGAGAGCCGUGGUAGACUCCGGUCCCGAUGUACCAGAGAUGUGCGGUAUGGGGCAGUGGAUGGUCAACUUCCUCAAAGUCCUUUCGCAAGAACCGUUCGACACCGAAAUCAAAGUCCUGCUGGCUCUGGCCCAUCCUUGGACUGCUGUAGUACAGGAAGACAUAGUUAAAUACCGAGAUAUGCUGAGCUGUGAUGAUGUAGAUAUCAUUCACAUAGGUGUGAAAUGUGAUAUGUGUGGAGAGGCGCCUAUCAUUGGACCGGUUUUCAAGUGCCGCUCAUGCGACGUCAAUUUGUGCGGCGAGUGCUUCCCGGAUAAGAAUUCUAUACAUCCCCAACACGACUUUGUAUGUGUUCUUUGGCCGUCGCGAGAUCGUCAACAACAACAACAACAACAGCAGCAGGGCUCAUUGCAGUCGAACGUGGACCGUCAAGUGGCUGAGAGCUCUGCAAAAUUCCCACCAGAAGCUCCCUAUAGCAACCCUUUCUUCAGCUCGUCUGCCUCAGAAACCAUAGGUCCUUUCGGUCCAUGGCUCGAUGCUUUACGAUCGACCUUUUCCUGGCAUGAGGAGUAUCGACAGCAUCAGCAGCACCCCUGGUCUCACGGGAGCUGGCUGUUCGGCAAGGGGAAGGGUAAAGGGAAAGGGAAAGGGAAAGGGAAGGGAAGUCCAUUUGGUUUCGACCCGUGGAGGGGCGAUUCAUCAGCGCGCUACGACUAUGAUGAAUUCGAGAGCGACCGUUGUGGCUUCCUGGGUGCGGUUGGUGAGAGACUUGAUUCGACCCGAGGAGCUUCACAGCAGCAGCAGCAGAGGUCAGCGACGGACUCUGGUGACGAGCGGCAGGCGAAAAGUCAUAAAACAUACACGCCGAAACCGCUGGUGAAGAUGUUCUUGAAUCUCAACAUUCAAGGUUUGCUCACGCCCCGUACACUAGCGUCGGUCAUCUCGGCUUUCCUACCGUUGACCAUUCAAAGACUGAGUCGACACAGUGAUCGCAUCUCUAAGACGGCUCGGGCCAAAUACGAGUGGAUCCGCCCCACUCUGGAGGCGUUGUUGGCAUCACUAGAAAAGAUACCGGAGAUGCAGGAGUAUGUACCAUCGCUGAGGGAAGUCGUGAAUGGCGGUCCUGAGAGCCCACGGAUGAGGUCUUUUGGCAUCUGGUUUAUCACUUCAAUGAAAGCUUUUGCUGCACUACCCUUUGAAAAGCGGAUGCCUGUUUUGCUUAAUGCAGCUCCACGUUGGAUGACUGUUGUUACUACCCUCAUGGGCUUGCAGUUCGACAAGCAUGAUGCAUUGGUCAUGUCCAAAUCUGAGCUUUCUCAUGAUGUUGGUUGUGAUGGUUGUGGAGUGUACCCUAUAGUGGGACCUCGUUUCAAGUGCCAGGACUGCGACUACAGCUAUGAUUUAUGUGGAGAGUGCUAUCCGGACAAGAAUAGUAUUCAUGUUGAUGGUCAUGAGUUCGUCUGUGAACUUUGGCCUGAUACCAAUAUCGAUUCCAACAAAGUUUUGGUGUCUUUCAUCCCGUUGAUGAUCCAGCGCAUUAGUCGACACACUGAGCAUCUUACUCGGAAGAUGUUUAAGCGUUAUAAGGAGCUCAGGCCUGUCCUACAGAGUCUUCUGCUAGCUAUUACGCCGAUUCCUCCGCUGAAGUCGUUCGUUCCCACCCUCCAAGCUGUUGUGAACCAAGGUCGUGAUGCACCCCAAAUGGCCACCAUCGGCGAAUGGUUUGUAUCCUUCAUGAAGGCCCUUUCAACAUUGAGUUUCGACGGCCAAGUUCAGGUUGUCACGAUUAUCGUCCCAAACUGGAUACCCUUGAUGCAUAAAAUUAUGGCUCACACGUCACUUUCUCAUGCGCUUGUUCCCACUAAGGAAGAGCUAACGCAUCGAGACGCGAGUUGUGAUGGGUGCGGCUGUAAGCCGAUUAUUGGCCCCUUGUUCAAGUGCCAGAGCUGUGAUUACGACUUGUGUGGAGAAUGCUAUCCGAUGCGCAGCAGUUUGCACUGUCCGCUUCACGAAUUCAGCUGUAUAUUACGACCGAAGAAUAAAAAAUGUAAUAUUGAUAGCGGUAUCGAAAAAGCUGAAAGCGUCGCCAAGGAGAAGACCGAGGAGCUAGACACAGAUUCGAGCUCAGAUUUCGUGGACACUGAUGAGCUCGAACAAACCUCCGAAGAAGAUUCCCCAAGUGAAGGAAAGGGUGAUGAGGCUGAGGGCGGAUGCCCUUUCGUUGAAGCUGCGAAGAAAGCGUUGUCUCGUAAAGAACCACACUAAGAGAAAUCAGGGUGCCUCGUUUACUCGUCUUGGCUCAUCAAGAUUAUAGUGACGAUUCGAGUUGAUGUCGAUGCCGUUGGUAGUUGACCUUUCAGUCACUGUUAUUUCUGAGCCAAUCCACUCAGGCA